AUGGCCUCAAGCAACAGUCGUACAAUCGUUGCUGGUACUCUCGGUCUCACCUUUUCUGCCAUAUUUCUCGGGGCCAAUCUAGGAAUCUCCUAUAUCUCUGUGCCCACCCUACUACUUUCUUCUCCACGAUCGCCAUUGCCUCCUCCAGCAAACGCUCCUGAUGAGGCCUCUCCUACCACCACUUCCUCGGAGAAGCCAGCAACAAAGCCUCCACAUCUCGCCCGCCAGUGGCAACACAUUUUUGACAUCGGCAAGAAGGCAGGUCCAGCGACUGCCGUUCUUGCUAGUGCCUCAUUUCUAUAUGCCUUCAGGAGCCUCCCAUUAGCAGCUACGCGUCAGAGAAGACUCUUCUUAACCGCGGCCGGACUCUGUUUGACCAUUGUGCCGUUUACUUUCAUUGCAAUGCAACGCACAAACAAUGAACUGGAGCGACGGGCAAAUGCGGCAACGAAAGGAGAGGAAGAGGACAUCAAACUAGAGGCCAGAACAGGCACGGUCGAGAGUUAUCAAACACAUGAUCUUCUCAAUCGGUGGGCAACCCUCAAUACGCUGUAA